UUUGAAUGUAUAUUUUUGACAUCCCCAUCUCUAGUUGGAAGUUUAAACGGAACUUAUUCUGCGCGGCGUCGCUUUUUUCCCCCUUGAUUUUGUGCAGUGCCUUGAUUUGAAACUCGCUGAAAAUGGAGACUCCGCGCCGCAAGCUGCGCGACCUGCAUUUGGAAAACGUGCAGAACAGCAGCACCCCAAUCUGCAUUCCGCCAUCGCCGCUGCUGAAGACCCUUGGCCACGGCACCGGGGUCAGUGUUUACCGCCUGGACCGCUCCCCGCGCCAGGGUCAAGUGCGCUCCCCGUGGGCCGUCAAGCGCAUCACCCAGAACCCCAGGAUCAAGAAGGACCCGGUCUUCAACGAGCGAAUCAUGCACGAGGCCCAGAUUUUGCGGAAACUGAAGCAUCCCAAUAUCGUAGGCUUCCGCGGAUUGGUCACCGGUCCCGGAGGAGUCAGCACUCUGGUCCUGGAGGUGUGCAACACCUCGCUGGGAUCCAUUCUGGAGGAACGCCAUGACGAGGAUCUGGGCCCCUUGCCGCCCAAGAAUACCUUAAAAAUGAUCAUGGAUGUGGCCAUGGCCUUGGACUUUCUGCACAACGAGGCCCGCCUGCUGCAUGGCGAUCUCAAGUCCUUCAAUGUCCUGAUCAAGGGCGAGUUUGAGAUUUGCAAACUAUGCGACUUUGGGGUGUCCAUGCCGCUGGACGAGAACGGUGAGGUUAACAUGGUUAAAAACGCAGCGCAAUGUUACGUGGGAACCUGCCUCUGGUCGGCUCCGGAGGUAAUCGAUCAGGUCGAGAUCAUCGACAGCAAGGCUGACAUUUUCAGCUUUGGCCUGGUUAUCUACGAGACCUUGGCGCUGGUCCCACCGCACACGUUGGAACUGGACGAAGCGCUGGGCGAGGACUUGGAGAACUCGCACGACUUGGACGCCAAUAAGAAAUACAAUAAGCAGCAGGUCCAAAAGCUUGAUUUCACUGACUGUACCGAGUCCUCGGUCAACUUCGAGGAAGACAAAUCAGAGCUUGAAGGCAUGGAAGUUAGUCAACAGGUCGACGCGGAGGAGCCAUCCCUUGCGGAGUCCGAAGGCAAGGAGACCUCUGAGGAAGAAGAUGAUACAAAAGAGAAUGACAUCUCCGAGUUUUCGCUGAACAAUCUGCAGUCGGCCUACGGCACGCGCCCACCACUGCCGGUUGCAUUCCAGCUGAGCGCCGACUACAACUGCAUCGUGGAGCUGUUCUACCUGUGCACUAAUGCCCUCAGCGAGGAUCGCCCGGCUGCCAGGACCAUUUGGCAGAGCCUGGAAAACAAUGCACUCAACGUCGGAUGUGGCGGGGACUAGACUUUGUAUCAUGCGGAUGAUGAGCCACUUCUUCCACUCGGAGACCGUUUGUUAACCACAGAUUGGCAGUGUUCUGUGCAUAAUCUUACCUAGCUAUAAGUUUUAUACAUCAAACAAAAGGAAACAAACGGCAUCCGACACUCGCAUUCGUUAUAAGUGCAUGCGUGCUUAUAGGAGUUUUCAAAAAAGAUCUGAGAUAUAUUUAUACAGUAAAUACUCUUUAACAUUCCCUGAUUCUCUGCCCCUGCAAUUCGAAAAGGAGGAAGGCGAGGAGAACUGUAGGAGCCACGGUUUCGGUCAAUAUCGGAACAGGGCUGUUAGAUCUGAAGGCCAAAACAAGGAAGGAUGGAAUAAAUAUUAUCCAAAGAAACAACUAAGUGUCGAUAUGGUUUCUCACCCCUAUUAUUCAGCGGCGGACAACAGACAAUUCAUUAUCGACCUAAUGAAUAACACCAAUCAAAAUCUGGAUGCCAGAAAAUAAUUUAGCGUAAAUUGAAUAAAAUAUGUAUGUGUAAGACAGCCUCCCACCUUGAAUCUAAUGUUCGAAACAAUGAUAUGAUGUGUUAGCGAUUGAAACUCGAGUUAUGAACCCUUCCAGAAAAUGAAGUACGCCUCGGUUACAAUUUUACUUAGGUUUAUUAAAAAAUAAUAAUACAUACAUCCAAAUAUAAGUUCUGUCUUUUCUGUUGUUCAGCUAGAACACACAUUUAUUCUCUCGUAGAUGCGUGAGCGACUUGAAGAUUUUGGAUCGGGAAUUCCGGAGACUAUAGGUUGUUCUUGUUCGGUAGAAGCUUUGAUUGUUUGACAGUGUUAGAGGAUAUGCUUGUGGGGAUGGGAUGUGGGCGAGGACGUUGUGGAUACUCAUGGGGGUAUAGUUCAGAUUCGCUUCUGUCUCUAGUCUAGACCUUGCUAUCUAUAUUUGUAUAUUAUAUGUAUAUUUCGUUAUGAUAAGGUGCGAUCUCUAAGGUUAUUAGCAUUAGGUUUGCCUUUCCGUCUCAUAAGUAUAGUGGUAUGUUAACUUCAAGCCGAGCGGAUGGCGCGGCAUCCGCCCGGGGGUCUGUCUCCUCCGUGUGAUUUGACUAAAGCGUACCCGGACUUCGACUAACUCUACAUAGAUACGUGUAUAAAAUAAAGUAUUAUCCUCUUGUAUAUAUAUAUAAAGUAUCGAAUUGCUCUCUUGAAGGCGAAGGCGCUGUUGGUGUUUCGUUUGUUAAUUUAUCUCCUCGAUAUCGUCGUUGCUCGCUGCGUAGAUCGUUAGCUUUCGUUACAAACAAAGGAGUAUUGGACACAUUGGGACAAAAAAAUGUUAAAAAUAUAAAAAAAAUACAGUGUAUAAGAUAAAAUAAUCAACUACAAAAUGUAAUGCCAAAUAAUUCAAGAACGGUUUAAAAAUACAUAGCAGACAUACAAGGACA